CAGCAUUGCCUCCUCGUUCGUCGUUCUGGAUCAAGGGGCUUUUUGUUUUUGACCGAAGAAAUGUCGGAGCUCCUCUUAAACUGUUCGCAGAGAGUCCUAGAAGCAGCGGUGGGGAUGCGAGACGGAGGCUUGAGCCCAUAAAACCGAGACAGGAGAAUGAUUUCACGAUACAACAGGAGACCUGUACCRCACAGACUUGAGAUUCGCGGGUUGUCUCGAAGCAGCCUCGAUCACCAUCCUCUUCCUGAAGAAGCCGACGAUAAUCAAGCCCCUCAUCGCCACCUCCGUGACCUGCAGGAAGUCGUCUCUGCGCACAACAGCUCGCAGACAUCCACUGCUUCAGGCCACUCUGACUGUCCGACUGUGAUCUCAGUCGCUUCCAACCAGUCCUGGUCCGGCAUUCACAGCUCCACAGGGACUGGCAUCUCCACAGAGAGGAGCUCAGUUUUCUCCUGGGGCUAUGAUGAGUUUGACGAGGCAGCGUCACGGCAGGUGCAGCAAAUGUUUGACGAGAUCGACAAAGAGCUGUACGAGGGGGGAGGCGGUGGAGGAGGAGGGAUCCUCCAGGGGCUGCAGGAUGAAUGUCAGCAGUGGACCACACGCUUCCCACAUAUCCGGAUCCUAGGGACUCAGCUUCUGUGUCCCACUGAUGAGGGCUUCCAGUGGUAUGCUACUCCAGGGACAAACAGCCCCGCCAGCAGCCCAUCAGCAGGAAGACAAAGUACUGUGAAGUCCCAGGAGAAAGAUAAAGGUGGCGCAGAGUUAAAUGUUCAGGGCAGAAAAGCUGCGCUGAUCAAGUCCUCGUCCCCAGAGGUGAACGGUCCUCCUAACAACAUUGGUGGCUCUGGCAGCCAUGACAAACCCAGAGUGAUUGAAGCAGAGGGCCUAAUGGAAGAGUACCUGGCUUUUGAUAGCAGAGAUGACGAGUGUUACGAGGACUGUUCGGAGUCGGUUCGACGGUACCACCGUCUGCCUCCUGUCUCGCCGUACCGGUGUCGCCGUCAAGCCGUUCUGGACUUGCUGUUUGAUGACGUGUGGCGGGAGCUGGUUGGCUGGAUGAAGGAGUUGGUUCAACGCCACUGGGAGUGCUGCACCUCCAAUGAUGAAACCGUUUCUGAGAGCUUGAGUCCUGUGCUGCCAGACUCCCAGAAUCCUUUUAUGCUGCUCUCCACGCUGCCCACAAUGCUUCCAAAACUCGGCCAGAACCGGGUGCCACCACUCGCAGCUGGCCAGCAAAUCCAGAACACAAACUCAAGGAACUCAAAGCACAAGUCCAGGUGGAAAUCCAAAAAGCAGAAAAGGCCUUCCGCUGUUGGUCGAGCGCCUGUAGGAGCAGCAGCGACGCAGCAACGCUUGAAUGACCUCAUCGUGAUUCACAGCAUCCCUCUGCAGCAGAGAAAUCGGGAGCCAGAAGAGCGUGUGUCUCACAGGCCGUGCUCUAGUGUUGUCUCUUCCAGCAAACCUCGUCCUCGCAGAGCUUUGGAGCAGAGCUCUUCCUUGUUGUCCCGCCCCCAGCAGUCGGCCCAACGCAGAAACCCUCCCCCUCGAACCUUACAGCCCCUGCUUCCAAGCUCGAGCCAGUCCAGCACAAGAGGAUACCUGGAUGAGGUCAUCCGUGGGACACGUCUAACCACAGCCAGUGACCGACUGGCGUCUCCACUGUUGCCAUUGAGCCGAAACACCCCUCUGCCCCCCAUUGGCCCCGAGGAGUCUGAGUCAUCUCAUUCAGGGCAGCAGUCCAAACUUGCACAGCGUCAGAAAGGCCACUCCAGCCGCGCCCACAGUGCUGUAAACAAUGAGGCUGGUAGUUCAAUACCAAGGGAUCGUCACCACCUGCUGGACGUCUUCUCUCGUCCCAACACAACUCACACAUACAGAUCAGACACUCCAUACCGGAGUUCCUUUACAGUUCUGGACAACAUCGGGCCGGGGCGGCCAGGUCGAGCUUCUGUGGGCACAGACUCUUUGGAAAUCGGCGUGACAGGCAUCAGUCUUGGCAUUAGCAGCUCGUCUUUUUUGGACUCGUAUCACCACCCGCUGGGACACUCGCCCAUCAAAGACGAGGAGGAGCCAGAACCACAAGCCCCUGUCCCAGCCCCCGUGGCGCCGGUGUCAGUCCCACCUCGGUCCUACACUCGAGGAGGGAUCUCAAGCAGAGCCAGCAGACCUGGCUUGUAGUUUGCUCCGGAUCUCUGCAACUUGCAAUUAUAUAUCUUUACACGUCACUACAGUAUCUGUGCCCACUGAAAGUUUUUUUUUUUUCAAAAAGUAGCAGAUUUUUAAAAUUUAGCUUUUUUAAACCUAUUUUUUUAUUUCAGAAUUCAGCUUAUGUGGCUGCCAAACAAAUAAUGAACAGUAACUGUCUUUGUAUACAGUAUGAGUUGUGUGGAGGUUUGUACUGUGUAUGAUCAGAAUGUGUAAACUAUCUAUAGAAGUGAAUAUGCUGUAUCGUACUCCCUGCAGCACGAUGUGCUGGUAAAUCACUAUGCAGGGAAAAAUGCAACCACUUACCCAGGCUAACAGGAUAAAAAGCACUUUUUUUUUCCUUUGGUGUUCCAUCAGGGAGUUUGGUACUGUAUCUUUUCUUUUUCCUAGAGUCUUGAUCCAAGAGGGAUGACAUAUUCCCCACACUUAAACUCAAUGUGGUGUCUGUAUAGACUGRACACUUCUGCUAGACUUGUCCUACAAUGUAGGAAGAAGACAAUGUACAUAAGUGUUUGUAAAUAAUUAGCAUAAUUUAUUAUCUGUAUAAAGUAUUGUAAUGUUAUUUGUCUUUGAGCAAAGCCAAGAGGUCAUACUGACAAGUAACCUCAGGGUUACAGCAUAAAAACKUAUUCCUCGUAAAUUUAAAAAAUAAGCACCAUGCAAGAGGAGAAAACUAAGCACCUUUUUUUUUCCUUUGAAAUGUUUUGUUUUAUAUGGAAUAAUAAAAAGGCUGUGUACAAAUGUGAUAUAUACACAUGCAUUUAUUAAUAACAAAAACCUUUACAACAUAUUACAGAAAAAAUAAGGAGAUUUACAUUUUUUUUGUGUCAAACUUGAAGCCAACAAGACUGAUGGACGAUUUUAUGUCGAGAAUUUCUGAAAACAGCAGUUAAGCUUUUGUUUGUACUGAAGUCAGAAUAUUUAUUAUAAAAAGGGAUUUUGUUGACAUUU